UGCCCCCAUCACGCGCUGCCCUAUAUAUAAGCCCGCCAUGAUCAUAUCGAUCCAAUUCCUCAUCGCAUUGCUCACUCGCUUCUAGCUAGCUUCUUCGAUCACAAGCACACAUGCAUUCUUCGCUAAUGAUUUGCGAGAACUGAUUGGUAUAUAUAUAUAUAGCAAUGGACCAAAUGGGCAAGCACCUGCAGGUGCCUUCUCCGAUGACGAGCAGCAGCAGCUCGUCGUCGUCGUCGCAGCAGCAGCAGCAGCAGUACCGGGGCGUGAGGAAGCGGAAGUGGGGCAAGUGGGUGUCGGAGAUCCGGCAGCCGGGCACCAAGACGCGCAUCUGGCUGGGCAGCUUCGAGUCGGCGGAGAUGGCAGCGGUGGCGCACGACGUGGCGGCGCUGCGCCUGCGGGGACGCGACGCGCAGCUCAACUUCCCCGGGUGCGUCGGCUGGCUGCCCCGCCCCGCCAGCACGCACCCGGGCGACGUCCGCGCCGCCGCGGCCGAGGCCGCCGACCGGGUGCGUUGCGACCCGGCGCUGCUGGUGCUGCACCAGGCAGCGGCGGCGCGGUGCCACCACGAGCUCGAGCUCGACCUCGGGGCCGCCGGGCCGGUGGUCGUCGAGCUCGGGAGCGACGAGGAGUUCGAGCUGGACCUGGACUCGCCCAGGCUGUGGGCCGAGAUGGCGGAGGCCAUGCUCCUGGACCCGCCGGGCUGGGCCACGGGUGUCGGCAACGCGGAGGUGGCCCAGCAGUGCUGCUGGUCGCACGGCUCCCUGUGGGACGCCUGCUAGCCCUCCCUCGAUCGGCUUGGCUUCAUGGCUUUGGCUGCAAGUGUUUGGCCAUGGCCACUAAACAGACGCUGUUAACCUCACCAGUGUCACAGUGCUUUUGGUGUGUGCCACUGUGAGCGCGUCCUGAUUGCUUAAUCCCCCUGUGUGUCUUCGUUUUCUGCUGCUGCUGGGCUUGCCGUUUUGGUUAGUGUUAUCUGCCUGUAUUAGGCAAAUGCUGAUAAUCUUGGUCAUUGGACAAAAAGACACUACGUACUGAUAUUACAUGGUUUGAUAUCUAUUCGUGCAUUUGUACUACUUCUGUGUUGUCUCAAUGGAGAGGUGACCAUGCAUAUCCCAGAUAAAUGAUGUUAUAUAUAAUGGUAUUUUUGGUCAA